GGAAGUGUUUCCUCUACUGCAACGGCCUCAUGGACCACCUGUACGUCUGCCAGAACGGCAACGGCUGCACCGCCUGGUACAAGGCCCCCACCCGCUUCAGUGGCACGCUGGAUGCCUUUGUGAAGAUCACCCGCUAUGAAGGCAUCAGGUCUCUGUGGAGCGGCUUGCCCCCCACCCUGGUCAUGGCUGUGCCAGCCACCGUCAUUUAUUUCACCACCUACGACCAGCUCCGGGACUACCUGCAGGCUCGGACGGGGAGCCGGGGCCACCACAUCCCCUUGCUGGCUGGGGGCCUAGCCCGGCGGGCCCUCGCCAGACUGGGCGCUGUGACGGUCAUCAGCCCCUUGGAGCUCAUCCGCACCAAGAUGCAAUCCCGGCAGCUCAGCUACCGCGAGUUGGGCGUCUGCAUCCAGUCGGCGGUGGCUCAGGACGGGUGGCUGUCCCUUUGGAGGGGCUGGGGACCCACCGUGCUGCGAGACGUCCCCUUCUCAGCUCUCUACUGGUUUAACUAUGAGCUGGUGAGGGAAUGGCUCUGCGGGCAGGCCCGGCUGGACGAGGCCACCUUCAUGAUCAGCUUCGCAUCGGGGGCCAUCUCCGGGACGGUGGCUGCAGUGCUGACGCUGCCCUUCGACGUGGUGAAAACCCAGCGGCAAAUCGAGCUGGGGGACAGCGAGGUGCACCCAGUCACAGCUUCCAAGCCCUCCUCCACCUGGCUCCUCAUGCGCCGCAUCCGCGCCGAGUCCGGCACCCGGGGGCUGUUUGCAG